CAGCACCAGUUAAUUAAAGAGAGGUGUGCACAUGCUCUAUAACUCAGAUCGACGUCUAUUUUCUCUUAUCAAACUAACUAAUGUUGAUAUUCACUUCACAACGAACGCGCAGUGCACUGCCAGCACACACCGAGUUACGACAGGAUGUUGUCGAUAGAGCAAUUGUCGCAAAUUGUGAAGGAGCAUCUCGCACGUAUUCAGAUAUGUGACAAUAAUGAUUUUGGAAACAAAUGGAUAAUCGCCGAUUCAAAAGUUGGAGGCCGCGGACUCAUUGCAACGAAAGAUAUCAAAACAAACGAAAUAUUAUUUAUCGAUGAUCCAAUAGUUCGCGGUCCACGAUCCGGAACUAUCAUACAAAGAGGGUGUACCGUUUGCGGAAAAAUCGAUAACUCGUCUUUAUUUAGGUGCACAAAUUGUGGUUUAUUGUUAUGUUCAGAGCAGUGUCAAAAUAGUAGCGUUCAUUACGAUGAUUGUUGCAUAAUAUCCGGCUGGCCCAGCAAAGUACCGAUUGAGGAUGUAGACAAUACACUACUAUCCCGCGCAUUGACUUCCAUAAGGGCUUUGUUGCUUAAUGAUGAUCAGAAGAACCUUGUAAGAAAUCUACAAGCACACAUCUUACCCCAGCAUGCAAGCGAAAUACGGGAUUUAAAAGAAUACUUUGAUAUUCCAUCAGAAGAAGAAGAAUUUAUGUCAUUAGUAAGUUGUAUACUUGAUUCAAACGCAUUUCAAAUUGCGACGCGAUAUGGCAGCAAGGAAAUGAGUAUGCGUGGCUUGUAUCCAGUGUCAUCGUUAUUGAAUCACAAUUGUGUUCCGAAUACUAAAUAUGGUUUUGACAAAGACUACAAAAUGUUCGUCAGAGCUGUGAAGCCUAUUCCAGCGGGCACUGAAUUGACUACGUGCUACUCAGGAUUACUUUGGGGUACACCCGCUAGACGCCUGCAUUUGUUCAAAACUAAACAUUUUUGGUGUAAAUGUGAUCGGUGUGCAGAUCCGACAGAACGGGGAACACUCCUGUCAGCACUCAAGUGUUUCGAGCCUAGUUGUGCAAGCUCUCUUAUACCAAUUGAACCUCUAAAGUCAUCAACUGCUUGGAGAUGUUUAGAUUGCGGACUUCGUGUCCCAAACAAUAACAUCUGCACCUUGCAGAGUGCACUCGGAAGCUUAAUUGGAUGUCUGGAUUUUGCAAACGUAGUGGAUUUGGAGAAGUUUCUUAUAAAUAGAGUCUUGAAAUAUGUACCGAAAAGUAAUCAAAUAUUUAUGGAUCUUCAGUGUCGUAUAAUAUGGGAGUUUGGUGAAGCAGAAGGACUUCGAUGGCAUGAGCUGUCAGAAUCUCGGGUAGCGUUAAAGGAAAGUCUAUGCCGGAGCACGCUGCGAACAGUGGCCGCCCUGGGGUUGGGUGACGCGUACCUCAGAGGUCUACUGCUGUACCACCUGCACGCCUCGCUGGCAGAACGGGCACGGCGCUGCCCUGACCUUUACGAGAAUCUCAAGGCAGAAAUCGAAAACACAAUAGAACAGGCGUACAAUAUCCUUCAAGGUGAUAUAUCGGCUCCGCCAGAUCUGGAGCUGAGACGACAGUACCUGGGCCCAGGGUGCCACAAGCCACAUGCAGAAAGAUUCUGCAUCUUUAAAAGCAACGACUCAAAAUCCCGUUUGGAAUGCAGAUUUCCUUAGAGAAGAACGAGCAAGAAACUCUAUGGUUGCACUUUUCAAUACUGAUUGAUAUGACAGAUUUUUAAUUUAAAAUUAAUUUUACAAAUCAUUUCAAUUACAAUAUACACAAAGUGAUGCAAAAAAUACCCAAAGGUCAAUUACUAAAUGUCUUACACGAGUAAAGAAAAACAAUGUAAAUUAAUAAGUAAAAACAUAGUUACAAGUUAUUGAGUACAUACUUAAAGUACAAUACAGUAGAAGAUUGGGAUUUCUUAGCAUAAGCUUAGUAUAAUUUCAGUUGUCAAAUGAGUAUAAAACCGAAAUCAAAGAUUAUGCUAAGCUUACAUUCAGCUAAGUUUUACGUAAGUAAACUCUGAGCAAAGUAUAAGUACGCUCUAUAGAUAUACCUUAGAGAAAAAUUGACAAAUAUUCGAAUCUCUCUUGUAAUUUAAUUUAACUGACCAUGUUAUUAAAUUAAUAAUGUAAGUCAUACGCAAAGUGGAUGUAAAUACUACGAAAUAAGAGGUGGGACUGUCUAAGUUAAAAUUGAAAUUUAGUUUAGUAUGAAACAUACAGUGAUUUGACAUAAGUCUGAAAUAGAAUAUAUAUCACGAUCGGCCACGAAGUACCUAUAAUCCGGCUAAGUUUGAAAGCGUUGUUAAAACAGUUGCUUAAAUCGUAGUGGAUGUCGGCUAUCUCCUUUUUUUACAAGAUCAUAACCGUCACCUGUCAAUCUGUCAAUGACUGCACGUUUCAUACAAUCGAGUGAAUCGCUUCUUUCUUAGAAUGUUUCGCUAGGCUGGUCAUACGCUGCCCAUGGUGCAAUAAAGACGAGUAAUAUGAUAAUGAUAAAUGGUGAACUAUACUCGGAGUGUAGUUUACCAUUUAUCGAAUCCACUAAUCGAUUCCUAAAUGCGUUAAGUUAUGUAUCACCGCGAGUAGCGCGUGUUCGUGAUAACUGUAAAAUAAUAUUCAUAAAUCAAAUUAAGAACUAUAUUUCAUGCUUUCUUAUUAAGACAACAGCCAGCUUGCUGGGUGAAGAAGUUGAAACAUUAGAGAGGUUAGAGCUAGAGGUCACGGGUUCGAAUCCCGGUAGGUGCAAACAUUUAUGUGAUGAAUGUUUGUUUCCGUGUAAUGAAUGUUAUCGUAUUAAAUAUAUUGUUGUGCUUUAUGCCUAGUUUGGGGCACAAUACCUAAUUUGUGUAAAAGUGUGUCAAUACUGUUAUUAUUAUGAGUACAUUUUAUUGUAAUUUCACAUUAUUUCCUAGAUUUAUAUAUACUUAUAAGUAACAUAUUUAUAAAAGAACAAUAUUAUAAAUAUAUAAAUCUUUCUGUA